UUGGGGGCGGAGGAGCUGCUGAAGGCCGUCGCGGACGAGGCCCAGGUCACGAAGCGCGGCAAGACGCCGAAUGAGGUCAUGUCCCUCCAGGAGCAAGCCAUCCUGGCCAACAUUCAGGAGCUUCAGCGCCAGCUCUGGAAGGUGAAGAGCGAGCAGGAGAAGCGGGACACGGGCGAGGAGAACGGUGCCGCGGGGGAGGCGUCGGAAAGCGUGGCAAAGCACCGCGUGAUAAUCGUCGCCAACCGCCUGCCGGUGUCGGGCGGGCGGGACGAGAAGACCGGGGAGUGGGACUUUCGGAUGUCCUCGGGUGGGCUGGUUACGGCCUUGAAGGGGUCGCGGGAGGAGUUGAACGCGGUGUGGAUCGGUUGGUUGGGGCAGGAGAUACCAGAGGAGGACCGGGAGCAGGUGCGGGAGAAGCUUCUGCGCGAGUACAACGCGGUGCCCGUCUUCCUCUCGGACGAGCUGGUCAACAAGUACUACAACGGCUUCUCCAACGACGUGCUCUGGCCCCUUUUCCACUACAUGCCCCUGCCCAUUUACCAGUCCGAGGCGGGCUCCGACAAGCGCUUCGACACGGUGCUGUGGGACGCGUACAGGGAGGCGAACGUGCUCUUCGCCGACGCGGUGGCGGCGAUUUGGGUCGAGUCCGACUACAUCUGGGUCCACGACUACCACCUCAUGUGGCUGCCCCUGGAACUUCGACAGCGCUUCAAGCACGCCAACAUCGGCUGGUUCCUGCACACACCCUUCCCCUCCUCGGAGAUCUACCGCAUCCUCCCCGUGCGCAAGCCCCUCUUGGAGGCCCUCCUGGCCUCGGACCUGCUCGGCUUUCACACCUACGACUACGCCCGCCACUUCCUCUCGGCCUGCGCCCGUGUCCUGGAGGUGGACACCACCCCGCGGGGCCUGGAGUACGCCUCGCACUUCAUGUCCCUGGGCGUCUUCCCCAUUGGGAUCGACCCGGAGCACAUCGCCCACAUCCUCCAGCGGCCCGCGGUCCACGCGCGCAUCGCGGAACUCACGGAAACCUUCGCGGGUCGAAAGGUGCUGCUGGGAGUCGACCGGCUGGACUACAUCAAGGGCAUGCCGCACAAGCUGCUGGCGCUGGAGCUGUUCCUGACGCGGCACCCGGAGUGGCGCGGGAAGGUGACGCUUAUCCAGGUGGGAGUGCCCUCGCGGACCGAAGUACCGGAGUACCAGCGGCUGUCGGAGCGCGUGAACGAGCUGGUGGGCAGGAUUAACGGGACCUUCGGGAACCUGGAGUACGCCCCGGUGCACUACAUCAACCAGAGCAUCACGCAGGAGGAGCUGGUGGCGAUCUACAACAUGGCCGACGUGUGCCUGGUCACUUCUCUGCGGGACGGAAUGAACCUGGUCUCGUACGAAUUCGUGGCCGCGCAGAGAGACAUGCCGGGCGUGCACCAGAAGGACGGGCCGGGUGUCUUGGUCCUCAGCGAGUUUGCGGGCAGCGCGCAGUCUCUGAGCGGGGCUAUCCGCAUCAACCCCUGGAACACAGAGGAGGUCUGCCACGCCAUCCAGCAGGCACUCACACUUUCACGGGCGGAGCGGGAGAUCCGGCAGCACAAGCUCUCCCGCUACGUCUCCGUGAACACGGCCUCCUCCUGGGCCAAGUCCUUCGUCGCGGAGCUGCGCACGGUCUGCGCCAACAAGCCGAACCUGUCCAAGCUCCCGCGCCUGCCGUUCGACCUCGCCCGCUCUGCUUACGAGCGGGCCAGGAACCGGCUCAUCGUCGCGGACUACGACGGCACCCUCACUCAGCUCCAGUCCGUCCCGCAGCUCGCCACCCCGUCGCCCUACAUCACCAACCUGCUGGACUCCCUGAGCAAGGACCCGCGCAACACGGUGGUGAUCGUGUCAGGCCGGGAGAAGCGCUUCAUGGACACGUGGCUGGGCAAGCUGAAGAUGGCCUUGGCGGCCGAGUACGGCUUCUACUACCGGAUGCCGGAGGAGGAGGAGUGGCAGACCAUGGCGCCGGAGGUAGACACGUCUUGGCGGGACAUCGUUCGGCCCAUCCUCGAGUACUUUACGGAGCGCACGCCGGGCACUUACAUCGAGAAGAAGGAGUCGAGUCUGACCUGGCACUACCGGGACGCGGAUCCGAAUUUCGGCUCCUGGCAAGCCAAGGACAUGCAGAUUCAGCUGGAAGACGUGCUCUCGAACCUGCCGCUGGAGAUCAUCCAGGGGAAUCGGAUGGUGGAGGUGAGGCACCAGGGCGCCAGCAAGGGGAUGGUGGUGGAAAGCGUCCUCCGGUACAUGGCGGACCCGUCCCGGGGGGCGAAGAACUCGGACACGCCCCUCGACUUUGUAUUCUGCGUGGGCGACGACCGGACCGACGAGGACAUGUUCCAGGUCCUGAAGAUUUUGCGGGGGGAAGCGGCGCGUUUCACGGCCCCUUCCUCGGUAGGCGGGUCGCACCCUCUCUCGCACGGCGGCCUUACCCCCUUCUCCUCCCACGUGGGACCCGACCUCAUCCCCUUGGACUCGAUCCCGGGGGGCGGGCAGCCAGAGCUGCGGCCCUCGAGUGCAACUCCACGGAGCGUGUCGACGCCCACGGCCGGGGACGGGCUCGGGCGGGAGUCGGCGUCGAACAGCGCGUUCACCGAGUCGUGCCCGAACCCGUCGGGGAUGGAGCAGUCACAAGACGCGCAGCAGAAACCCCCUGUCAUUGGGGAGCCGUGCCGAAGGCAAGAGGAUUCUCACGCGGAGAAGAAGGGCGGGAGGGAGAUGUGUGAGGGCGGGCUGGAGAGAGGAGAUCUCGCGAGCCCGAGCCUCGGCCCCCAGAUGGACCACCUGACGCUGGAGGACGAGGCUGUCACGGAGAAUGCGCUGAUGCUGAGCAGCAGGCCCUGCACCCCGAAGGGGGGGGUGAGCACUGGGAUAGGGCGGGACAUGCCGCUGAUGGCCCGGGACGCGAAAGUCUUCACCGUGCAUGUGGGAAACACGUACAGUCAGGCCGAGUACCAUGUUGAGAGCUUGCUGGAUGUGCGCCGCCUGCUCCGAGAUUUUGCCUCCAUCAGCUUUCGACAGACGACGCGGAGGUGA